CCGAUCAAUCGGCCUCUGGCCGUGACCUAAGCCAGACUCAAUCGUCCCAUCCGUCACCGCCGGCCAUGCCCAGCCAAAAGCUACGCCGAUUGAGGAAGCAAUUUCCUUCCUCGACCCCAGCUCGGGGGUGGCUCGAGGGUUAAGCUGGACGAGAGCAUCAUGGCACUGUGCCAUUGCCAAGUUACUAACCGGGGGUUCGCCGAUGCCACUGACAUGGUUGGACCCUCUAUUGAGAUGCAAGGAUAUAGGGGUGAAACCUACUCUCGACCACUUCGUGUUCACUUUCAAGCUGACCAAGGGUCACAAGGAUUGGGCAUCCUAUGCCAGUCUUUCCCAAAGGUCCAGCAAUCUUUUUACCAGCGACAAGAAGGGGUCGACCAAGGACUGGAAGCCCUUCUUUGUCUUUGUCUCGAAGGGGCCUGAAUCUCUUUUCACGGGUUCAGGGCUCCCUUCUUUCCGUCGCAUCCCAUGUUCCCCAUCUGACGCCACCCUCUUGUCCAUGACCCACCAACUCUGCGGCCGAGGGGCCGUCAAUAUUAAGGAGGUGGUGACCGAGGAGUCUCUUCCCAAAAUGGGGUUUGAGUUCGUCCAAGACGAACUUCGUCACCAACCUGAGCUGUUGAGGGAUGUUCCUGGGGGCAGUCAGCCCGACCUGCCCAGGGGCGCUCCUAAGGGAGGCCUAGACUGUGGUCCUUUUGUUGAGCCACAAGGAUUAGAAGGAGAGAUGGAUAGUGACCUCUUGCUCAGUCGCUUCAUGGCGGGGAAGAAGAGGAAGAGAGAUGCCACCAAGCAGAGCAAGAGCAAAUGCUCUUCCUCCCGCGGAGAAGGUAGUCCAUCUCGUGAGCCGGCUGUGAUCGUGGUGGAGAACCAGGACGACGCGGCUCAGGAGAUGGGUAUUCACCUUAAUUUUCUUUUCAACACUCCUCCUCCUUACACUCCUAACCUUUAUGCCUUGGUACAUGCCACGCUGGGGAUGAUUGAGGUCGUCAGCCAGAAGCGGGACCGCCAAGCUGCCUCGGAUGAAGCGUUGAAGGCAGCGGAAGCUAAGCAGAAGGAGUUGCAGGAGGAGGUCGCUCGCCUUAUGAGGGAGUUGGACGGGAAAGAGGUCCGCUGUGCCGUCCUUGAGGCGGAGAAGGCCUCCUUGUCUUCGGAGGUGGAAUCUGUUUCCGCUCGUGUGGUUGAGUUGGAGGGGGAGAAAACUGAUUUGAUCCAGCAGUUGGAGGUGGAGAGGAGCGACCGGGUCCAUCUUGUGGAGGAAGCGAUCGAGUCCUUCAAGUCUUCUCCUGACUUUGCCAUGGUCGCUAUGGAGCGGAUGGACAAGCUGACGGUCGAAUGGCUCAAAACUGAGCCCGGGGCCCAAUGGAUGGUCAAGAAGGGGACAAAGUCCUUCAACUGCGGGCUCUUUCGCGCUCAGCAAGUCUUCCUCGACAAGCUAGCCCGGCUCCCCAAAGGAUUCUCUCUCCCCGAUCUCGGCUUUCCUCCUCCUUGCCGCGCCUUGGCUGAGCUCAACGAGGCGUACAAGGCUCUUUCAGCCAACCGUCUGCCCGACAGGCGUAUUGACUGGGAUGCCCCAUGCCCACUCCAUUCUUUGCAAUGCAUGGCCUGGGAGAGCGUGCGGAAUGAGCACUUGCCUCUUUUGGAGCAUGAGGGAGCAUAUUACACGAGCCUGGAGCGAUGGACUAGCGAGAGUCGCACCAACUCGCCGGUGCGACCUAAAGAUGAGGUGGUGGUGGGGGAAGAGCUGGGUUCCUCCACCCCCACUCCACGCCCUGCUGGUCGCUUGCCCCCCGGAAGGCUCCUAGGCGAUCCGGAGUAGCUCGCGCUGCCUCAGGGUCUGCAUCCUCAUCUAGGUGACGCCGAUUAGGGCUCACAGAAAAGAGAGUCGCCCUUCUUCCCUUCCCUGUAGGAGAAGGACGGGGGGUUUUGUUGCGGCCCAGGGGCGACCAUCUCUGCUCCGUGUUGGAAGAGGAAGGUUGUCACUCUGGACGGCUGGUUAUUGGAGUCCUAUCGCCCUAUACAGCCGCAGAACUACCCUUCAAACUUGCCUUUUCCCCU